UUUGAAUGUUGUGAGUUAUUAAGAGGUACAACAUUAUAGGUACAAAACGGUAUAACAUCAUUUCAAUGACACCAUGUUGCGACUGCAGGUAAAACAAAGUAUUGCUGCAAUAAGUCGCCGAUCCGGUAGAUGGCAGUCAUGAAUUACCUCUUUGCGGGUAUGUUUGCGGACUCGUUUCAAAACACGGAAGUGAGACAAGUCAAGGCAACGCACAUAACGACGAGUUUUAUUUUGGAAAUAUGUCGGGGACAUAAACAUUGGAUAACUGACUCUCAAACCCGACAAUUAUGUUUGGGAAUUCAUCUCGAUAUGAGUACAACGCUCUUCCUCAGAAAGACUCGGCUCAUGUAACAUUAACAGGACCUGGUUUGUUCGCAUCGUCAAGUAACCUCGAGCGAACCCACUAUGGCCAAAAGGGUCACUCUUUUGAUUACGUUCCCAGAGUUACUGACAAUGACUUCACAGACAGAAGUCAAGGAUGCUUGUCUCGAAUAUGUCACUUGAUUGUCAUUUUCCUGGUGUCAUUGUUGACCUUCAUAACCUUUCCUGUGUCGGGAUGGUUUAUCUUUAAAGUAGUGCCCAACUACGAGAGGAUUGUUUUCUUCCGUCUGGGUCGAAUUCGCGCCCCCAAAGGUCCCGGUGUAGUUCUGAUUCUGCCUCUGAUUGAUCAGUGGCGACGGGUAGACCUGCGAACCAGAGCAUUCAACAUACCGCCAUGCAAGGUAAGUACUAAAGAUGGAGGACUGGUGUCAGUGGGUGCUGACAUCCAGUUUCGAAUCUGGAGUCCCGUCAUGUCCGUAGUGGCGGUGCAGGACCUGAACUCCUCCACCCGGCUCACAGCGCAGAACGCCAUGAUGCAGAGCCUCAGCAAGAAGACGGUCAGGGAGGUCCAGACUGAGAGGGUCAAGCUGGGGGACUACCUCGGGAUGGACAUCAAUGAGAUGACAAAGCCAUGGGGCCUGGAGGUGGACCGCGUGGAGCUCACGCUGGAGGCUGUGCUGAAAGGCCCAGAUGGGGUUACCCUCCCAGGCCCCCCCUCAGCUCCUUCCCCUGCUGCUGUGCCAGGGCUGGAGGGCUUCGCUGGGCUGGAGGGCAUCGCUGGGCUGGAGGGCAUCGCUGGGCCCAUGCAGCAGCUAGCCAUGCACUUCCUAGGCAACAUGAAGACGGCCCAGUCCCACACAGUCCCUGUGUAUUCAUCAGGCAGUACAGUUACCGUGGUGGAUGAGGUGGCGUCGUCUGAGCACCUUGCUCUGGGGCAGGUGACCAGUGGCGAGGAGCUGCUGUCCGCUAUGAAGCCGGUGCUGUGUGAGAGACUGGUCCAUGCGGUGGGGGCCCACUACCAGUUUAACAUCACCGCUCACAGCGGCCACACCAGCACCUACUACCUGGACCUGAGCCAAGAUGGCGCUGUUCCUCGGUCCUGUGCAGGCAGUGGUGCGUGCGGAGCGGGUUCGUUGGCACAGGCGGCAGAUGUCACCCUCACCCUCAGCGAGGCGGACCUGCUGGCCAUGUUCCAGGGCAGCCUGAAGCCCAUGGCAGCCUACGCCUGCGGGAGGCUGAGGGUGGAGGGCGACUUGAACGUGGCCAUGAGGCUGGAGGAGCUCGUCAAAGCCGUGAGAGGAGAGACACCAUCAGCCCCACACAGCUGAGGAACAUCCAGCCUGAUUACACACAGGAGAAACACAUCAAUAAUGUGUGGGAAUUAAUCAUAAUAAUAAUAAUAAUAAUAAUAAUAAAACAGUCCUAGGAUUAUCAAUUUAUUUAUAUUAGCACCUUUCUGGCAAAGUUCCCAAGGUGUCUGGAUAUCACGACAUUGAGCACCUUUGGAGUAUCGGUGUGUAAUUCCAUGUGAGCAGCACACUCUCUCUCCCAGACAGAUUGUUCUCAUGCAUAAUCAACAGGAAUGUGGUUUGUAUGUGUUGCCUAAGGACUUUGAGCACCUAUUAUGGCCAAAAGGUCAAUACACUCCAGAGAGUCUCAGUGGUUUAUCAAAUCUACCAUGGAGGCUGAAGCUGAUAAAAUAUCUGUUGAACUUUGACAGCAUCAGCUACUUCAGAUCAGAGGGUGCAGAUAUUCUCUGACUUCUCAGCAUCUUCAGGCUGUAAAUUAUAUCAAAUGAGUGGGAACAUCAGGAUGCUGAGGUCCUCCAGAGUAGCUGAGCUGAAAGGGCUUCUGCUUCAGUUGUUGAAGGGGAAGAGACGGUUCCGAGACUCCGAGUGCCUCUCAGUUAGUUAGAAGGUAUUACAGGCAUAAUGCGCAAUGCAUUUUCAAUUUCCUGACAGCGUUCUUUUAGUCUAUAUUGUGUUUCAGUGUCAGUGUUGUCCUUGACUGAUUUGUGUGUGUAUUUAUUGAUUACGACUAAUGUAGCCUUCACUCUGGGCACCUUGCUUUUGUACUGCGCUGUUUUACAUGUGAGUGUUCUCUGUCUAUUUUAAUGAUUUUAAUAAAAAAAAAAUACUGAAAAGAA